AUGGCCACCGAGGAGAAGAUCGAGAAGAUCGAAGAAGCCUUCAUCUCUCAGCCCUUGACUCCGACCGCGAUGGUGUUGGACUUGGGAUGCACGAGAGCAAUGGCUUCCCGAGUGGCCGCACAGGACUUGAUGAAGUUCUGUGAUGAACAUCCAGACUGUGGCAUUUGGUACACCAUUGCUGAGACCACGUCUCAGUUCACCUUUGCCAACUCCGAGUCGACCAAGUGCAACCAGAAGCUCGUGGUUUGCAUGCUCGACCGGGAGUAUGCCGUUCAGUCUACAGAGUUUGACAUCGUCGAGCAGGGACAUGUACCGAUUCUCAUGUCUCUUCCUCAGAUGCGCAAUCUAAGUCGCAUGAUGUGGAAUGUCCGAUUUGACAAGCACAAGAAGUCGAGCUUCCUCACCUACUUCUCCCACUACGAGUAUGGUUUUCACCAGAAGAACACGGGAAGCUCUUCACAGGAAGAGGCACCCGAAAACCUCGUUUUGGUGGCAGAUGAUGAGUGGGUGAUCAAUGAAGCUGACAUGGAAUUGAUCCGCAUCCACAAGAGAGUGAGGACAGUCUUCAAGAUUUUGCCUGGUGGUGUCGAGUCUAGGAAAACCAGGAGCAGCCGGAAGCUUUCCUUUGGGAAAGGAACAGGUAAAGAGGAGAGUACGCGCGAAGGGACGCGGUCCACAGGGACCGGCACCCAUUUCGUCGGCUCCUCCUCCAGCUCCUGCAGAUGA